AAUUAGUUUACACUGGAAUUAGUUUACACUGUAAUUGCAGUAUCUAAGUGAGCUUUUCACUGCAUAUGCCUGCUACUAGUGCUGUAUAUAUUUAAAUUAUGAGUUAUAUACUCGAACUCAAAUUCAUUUUAUUUCACAUUUCUUUAACUGCUAAUGAGGCUGUGUCUUUGCAUAUUGUAUUUUUUAAUCUUUAUUUUGUCAUCCUGUAAAUUGUCUCUUUAGCAUAUUAAGUACAAUCUAGGCAUUAAUUUUAUGUGUACAGUCCUCUAGGUAUAUGGAAAGGUAAGCUGCUGUAGUAAUCUCCUACCUUAUCGCCUCACUUUCUGGCUUUCCCACAGCAAUCAAUACAUACAACUGCAAAUCAAUACAAUGUCAUAGCUAAUCUUUUAAAAAUAAAGUUCCAAUGCCCAAAGUCUUAUAAACCUCUCAGCUAGAUUUUCAAGGCCCUCUUUAACAUACCCCCAAAGGGACUUUUCAGCUUUUGUCUUUCUUCAUGGCUAAAUAAAAUGUUUAGUGUUCCCAGAGAGUUCUGAGUGCAUUGUGUCGCUAGCUCUUUGCUCGUCCUGUCUACUGUAGCUGAACCUUUUUACAGGAAGAGUAUAGUGAAAUCUGUGUCCAGAGUCCCAAAGCCAUUAAAAGGCCAGGACAACAUCUGUAAUAAUGUCUAGGAAAAUGGACUCAAGAGUUCCAGUUUGCAAAGCCGUGAACUCAUUUCCAGUGAUAAGUAAGAAACAACUUUGCCUCAAAUAUAAAGGAGGUCAACGGUGUACAGUACUUAUAUUUCAAUGCUAUAUUAUCAAUUAAUUUGCUUAUAUGAUAAAACUAGGAAGACCUGGCUUUGGUUACAUAGUUCCCUCUGACCUCUUAGUUUACUAGUUUCUGAUGUUUUUAUCUUUAAACAGCGUUUCUCUAUUCAAUUUGGCAUGUCUUGCCCCCGUGUAAGUCGUGACAUCUGUGAAAUUAAUAAUUCAAAAAAUCUCUUGGUCUUUUGGCAAUCAGAGCUUUACCCAUCCUAUUUCUCCUUCCUCUUGUGCUCAAAAACUCAGGGCCAUCACCUCUCACUGCAUCUCCAACACUGUGAAGCCUGAGGGUUGUUCUUAAAUCCCUUCUUCAUCCCUAUACCUAAUUAAUCAUUUCUCUCACCCGGAUGUUUCCUCAAGCUGCAUUAUCCUAACUAUUUCCAGCACAGCAGUCAAGGCUGUAGCCUGAUGGCUGCUUUCCUGGACUAUAACCACAGACAUCCACCCGAAGCCUCCUCCUUUCUUGCUGCUUGCUCUAUCUAAACCUUUUCUCCACACAGCCACCAGAGAAUUCUUCCUAAAAGGAUAAGCUGUUGUGCCACUCCCAAGUCUAACUUUUAUUGCUCCCAUUGCCUAUAGGCUGAGCGUAAGCUCUCCAUCCAAUUGAAGGGUUUCCUUGAUAACAUCAUCCCCACUUACCUCUCCAGCUUUAUCUUUUUUAACUUCCUGCCUCAAAAUCUUAUGCCUGAGCAACAAGAAGUGCUUGCAGUUCUCUGAAGACAAUACACUCAUUCUCUCUUCUCUCCCUUUGUUUCCACUAUUCCCUUUGCUUGCAAUGCCCCUUUUUGGAUUUUCCCAUAAUGCAUCAUCAUGCACCCUGUAAAUGGCAGCCAGGCACCACCCACCUUAGGAAGUCUUGCUUGACUAACAUAAGCUGGAUUUGAUGUUCUUUUCUUGUGCUUCUUGAGUACUCUGUUCCUCUCUUUAUCAUGUGAGUUCCUUGCGUGUAAUAACUGUCUUGUUCAUCUUUGUACCCCUCAGUGCUCAGCAGAGAGUAAGUACUCGGUAAAUAUUUGACAAACAAAUGAAUUGCACAGAAUCUGGAAACCUGCAGUGUUUUAUUUUAAUUGAGCGCAGUUUGUCAGACUAUGGCUCUUAUAUGAAUUCUAUUAGUUUUCAACAUUUCCUGUAAUAUACUUAUUUUAAUAGAUUUAAUUUUCUUUUAAAAAAGUUUUUAGUUUAAAGAGAAUGGUUAGAAGUGGCCACUAAGAAGGUUAAAUAACAUAUAUUUAUUUCUUAAAUCCUUGAGUGACUCUGUGAAUUCUCCAUUUUAUGUGUGUGGAGAUAGUUUUAUAAUUUAAUUACAUAUAAUUCAUAUUUUCUGAUAGAGCCUAAUAUAGCUAAAAGAAUUAGAGUUGAUCGUCAAAUAUGGCUUUGAUGCAGAUAACUUGGGAAACUAUUGAACAGAGAUAGAUGCCUGCAUUAAAAAUAAAUGUGCUGGGAUAAACCUUCCACACACUGAGAUGAUCUGGAAGAGUCCUAGAACACAUUCUCACUGGAGAACUUAGUCCUGCCACGAGUAGUUGGUUGAAGCAUUUUCCCCAUAAAAUCUAUGUAAUGGACUUGUUUAUUUUUAGAGAUAACCAGUAUGUGGCAACAUCAAUAACUCUUUUCUAAAUCAUUCUUUUGUCAUGUGCCUCUAUUUUUAAAACUAAAUUAGUAAAACUGAAUUAGUUAUGCAUGCUGGCAAAAACCAAAUGUAAAAUGUUGUAUAAUGUUGUAACAUGUAAAUAAUCUACAGAAUUUUCUAGCAUCUGCCAAGAUCAAAUUAUUUUUAACGUUAAGUGUAUUUUUAAGGUGCAGUGGUAAGUAUAUCCAGAGGAAAGGGAUUUAAUAGGCAUUUCUUUGCAAAUCAAGCUAUGGGUAACUAUUGAAAUUGCUUGUCAUGUGUUUGAUUUUCAUUUUCCUUAGAAUGUGUUACUUUGCUGAAACUGUAUUCAAAGACUGGGUCAAUUGAUCUCCUGCAAGAUACACUUGAAGGUUAAGUAACUACAGAUCUCAGCUAAUCCUGUGUAAUCUGCUGUUACUAAAUGGCUGUUUGCAUUCCGGGCACACCAGUUUCUGAAUGCUUAGGAUUUGGUUACCUUUUGUUUAAAUAACCUCUGAAAGGAGCGAUGCAUCUCUUUGCAUGUCUGUGCAUUGUCCUUAGCAUUUUGGAAGGAGUGGGCUGUUCGUGUCCUUCACAGUGCAUGUGUGAUUAUCACGGCAGAAAUGACGGCUUGGGAUCAAGGUUGGUGCUAUGUAACGACAUGGAUAUGAAUGAGCUCCCUACAAACCUCCCCGUGGAUACCGUGAAGCUUCGCAUAGAGAAGACUGUCAUCCGCAGAAUCUCCGCAGAGGCCUUCUAUUACCUAGUAGAACUUCAGUACCUCUGGGUGACUUACAAUUCCGUGGCCAGCAUUGACCCCAGCAGCUUUUACAACCUGAAGCAGCUGCAUGAGUUGCGCUUGGAUGGAAAUUCUCUGGCUGCUUUUCCUUGGGCAUCUCUGCUGGACAUGCCCCUUCUGAGGACCCUGGAUUUGCACAAUAACAGAAUAACCAGUGUGCCAAACGAUGCACUCAGGUAUCUGAAGAACCUUGCCUACUUGGAUUUAUCGAGCAACAGACUAACCACAUUGCCAGCAGAUUUCCUGGAGAGCUGGUCUCAUUUAGCUACAACACCUUCUGGAGGCUUGGACCUUUCCCCAAGCAGGGUUAUUCUUGGUCUACAGGACAAUCCUUGGUUCUGUGACUGUCAUAUUUCCAAAAUGAUUGAGUUGUCAAAGGUUGUUGACCCAGCUAUAGUGCUUCUGGAUCCACUGAUGAUUUGCAGUGAACCUGAGCGCCUCACAGGAAUUUUGUUUCAGCGGGCUGAGUUGGAGCGUUGUCUGAAACCAUCAGUGAUGACCUCGGCCACCAAAAUCAUGUCUGCUCUGGGUAGUAAUGUUCUACUGCGGUGUGAUGCCACUGGCUUCCCCACCCCACAGCUCACAUGGACCAGAUCUGAUAGCUCGCCAGUUAAUUAUACAGUAAUACAAGAAUCUCCAGAGGAAGGAGUCAGAUGGUCCAUAAUGAGCUUGACAGGCAUUUCUGCCAAAGAUGCUGGGGAUUACAAAUGUAAGGCCAAAAAUCUGGCUGGGAUGUCAGAAGCUGUGGUUACUGUGACAGUGCUUGGCAUUAUCACAACCACGAUAUCACCAGCCACUUCUGAAAGAGCUGGAGAUCAUCCUGAGUGGGAAAUCCAGCCAGGAUCUGGAAGAUCUACAUCUGUAUCUAUUGCAUCACCAUAUCCUUGGUCCUCUUCCAACCCCCCCAUAUCUUCUUUGUCUGCCUCUACUUUGUCUCCUCCCUCUACUUCUUCCUUCUCUUUAUCUCAAUCCUUCUCCUCCACUGCUUCUUCAACCACGACUUUGAGCACGAGCAUCUCAGCAAGUACCACCAUGGCCAACAAGCGAUCACUCCAGCUCUACCCAGAUGGGAAAAGAAAUUUAAAGGUGGUGAAGAGUGGAAGUAAGCUUCCUCAAGGCAGCACAAGUAAGAAAGAAGAGCUGGCAUUGUUGGAUCAAACAAUGCUUCUAGAGACAAAUGCCACAAUAGAAAACCUCAGGGUGGUCAGCGAGACGAAAGAGAGUGUGACAUUGAUGUGGAAUAUGAUCAACACCACACAUAACUCUGCAGUGACUGUGUUGUAUUCCAAGUAUGGUGGGAAGGACCUGCUGUUGUUGAAUGCAGACUCCAGCAGGAACCAAGUAACCAUAGAUGGCUUGGAACCCGGUGGCCAAUACAUGGCCUGUGUCUGUCCAAAAGGAGUGCCUCCCCAGAAAGACCAAUGCAUCACCUUUUCUACCGAAAGAGUUGAAGGAGAUGAUUCUCAAUGGUCUCUCCUUCUCGUGGUGACCAGUACUGCCUGUGUUCUUGUCUUACCAUUGAUUUGUUUCUUGUUGUACAAAGUUUGCAAGCUGCAAUGUAAGUCAGAACCUUUUUGGGAAGAUGAUUUGGCAAAAGAGACUUAUAUCCAAUUUGAGACCCUGUUUCCCAGGUCUCAAAGUGUAGGUGAGCUCUGGACACGAAGGCACAGGGAUGACUCAGAAAAAUUGCUGCUUUGUUCUAGGUCAAGUGUGGAAUCUCAGGUGACUUUUAAAAGUGAAGGUUCCAGACCAGAGUAUUAUUGCUAAGGUUCUGCAGCUCAGGUGCAUGUGAGCUACAAAAUUAGCAUCUAAGGGUAUAAUUGACCUUAGGUUUGGAUGACUUUUGGACAGACUUUCACAUUGUUAGUGAAAAUCACAAAUGGAAUGCUUUUAAAUGUGUUUUAAAAAUACCAUGAGACCUCUGAACUGAAAAGACAAAUAACUUUGAUUUUUUUCUUGUGUGAAAAAGGUCUGAAGAAAUAAUUUUUAGAGUGGUGCUUAAUGAAUUAUUAAUACUUUUUAGGGUAAUGUUUCAGUUCUUAAAAAUAAGUUUAUGUGAAAGUAGCAAGUAAACUCUGUAUUUAAACAUAUAGUUUUUUAAGUAAUGGGGAAACAUUAGCAUAACCAGCUAAGCCUUGAUGUUUAUUCAUGUUCAAAGUGCAUUAUGAUAUUUGCUGUGGACAUUUUCUGACACUGCCUAAUGGUGAGCAUGAGAUCAUAAAGGAUUUGACGUUCACUAAGGUUAAAUCCAACUCACAGGAGAGGGAGGGCUCUGUCUCUUGGUAACAUUAUGCAUUAUAAUACUGUAGAGUUGUGUUCAUAUUGCAUUUAAGAAAAAUUUUGCAUUUCUUUAGAAAUAUUGGUAUUAGCAAAAAUAAGUAUGCAAAGAGGAUCAUGACAAAUAGACCAUUUCUUUAAAAACAGCAACUGUUGCAUGUACACACAUCUGCUGACAGACUGAAUGGAUAUUUAAAAAUAACUUUAAUCUUUUAAUAUUUUGCUAUUUGCUCUUCUUUUCUUCUUUCUUUCAUCCCUCCUUGUCUUCUCUCCCUUUCCUUUUUUCAUUCCUUCUUUCUUCACUUCUGCUUUGUCAGAAGAUGUACAAGUAGCCAAAGGACCACGAGCCAAGCCGUUUGUCUUUUCCACGUUAUCUUUUGAUUCUCUUGAUAAACAGAAAGUUUUUGAAAUUAUCUACUGCCCUUUGAAAGUCUGUUUUAGAACCCCAAAGGAUAUUUUAGGAUUUUGAAAGGGAAGCUUCCAUGGAUUCAUUUGGUUAGACUCUUUUCCUAGGUUAAAAACAUCGGGGAACUUAAAUAUAGAGGAAAGGAGUUCAUCAAUAAAAUUUGUUUUUUUAAAAAAGAGCAUUUUAAUACCUAUAGUAUACUACAAGAGACAUCUCGUGGCUUUAAGAUUAAUGAUAGUAAUAAAACCCACUCAAGCAUCUCACAGAGCUGAUACUACAUGUCACUUAGCAGGAUGAUGCAACCUGACCCAGGGUGUCCAGGAGACAAGGCCACCUCAGCGCAGAGGCAACUUAGAACAAAACUUGACCUUACUAAAUUAAAUUUGCUCUAUGAAAGAAAUGCCUGGUAAUGGACCCAGACUGAAUACAUGUGUAAGAAAUGGGAAAGAUCUCCGAAACUCUGAGAAUGGUCUUCAAAUAGAAGCUCUCCCACUCCGUUGGUCAUCUGACCCCUGACUGUAUCUGGCCCAUGACACCAGCCAGCUCCUGCUUUCUGUCUUGUAAGAGCACUGCUGGAAUAAACUGCUCGAACAUUA